CAGCCAGCCAGCCUAGCUCUUCCUUUUUCUCCUAGAUCUGUCACCACAACCUCUCUCCCCUAUAAACUCCCCCAACCUCCAUGAAUACUUCAACCCCGGAGGAACAACCCACACAUCAUCACAUUCCUCACCCUCCUCAGCACUCCACUCUCCUCCACAGCGGUGAGCUCCCUUGGCUCGUAUUUCCACUUCGUGAUGCGCUUCGGCUCCGCUCCUUUAUGGCUAGCUAUACUACAAGUCAUACCUUUCCAUCCCGUCUCCGCCAGAUCACCCCCCUUGCUACGGCCUCGAGACUAUGACUCGCGGGAUUACUACGCGCUGCACUUGACACCGGACGUUUCGCCAGAAAUCGUAGCACAGCAACUCGGCUUAACGCACGAAGGUGUUAUUGGCGAACUCAGCGACCAUCAUCUCUUUUCAACCCCAACCACCAAAGAAGAUAUUGUCGCCAUUCAUAUAGAUAGGCUUCGGCGGAAAAAGCGGUCUGUGACAUCCGCGAGCAUUGUGAAGCGGGAUCUGUCCGAUGGGAUCUUGUUCGCAGAGAAACAAAGACUGAAGAAACUUGUGAAGCGGGUGCCUCCACUGGCCGCGCGGCGGGAGGCGCAAGGGUUCGACCCCCCUGCCACUACGGGCAAUACGGGGAUGGUGGAGCUUCAGUCGAUCAUGCAACGUCUUGAAAUACGGGACCCCAUAUUCCACGAGCAAUGGCAUCUGGUGGGCUACUUCUCCGGCAAUUUGCUUAUCCAAUGGCUAAUGCACCGCCCGUUUCCUUAGUUCAACCCAACGGAACGCCAUCACGACAUUAAUGUUACCGGUCUAUGGUUGGAAGGUUUGCUUAUGCACCCCUAGCUCACAUAUCCGGGGUUUGAAUCUUAUUUCCACACAGGCAUAACCGGAGAGAAUACGACUGUCGCUAUCGUGGACGAUGGUCUCGAUAUGGACAGUGAAGAUCUGGCAGCAAACUAUGUGGGUAACUGCCACUGAGGCUAUUUAUAUCGAGGGGUUAUGAUGCUUAUGCUCUAUAAAGUUUGCAGCAGGCUCCUACGACUUCAAUGACCAUGCCCCUCAGCCCAAACCACGUUUGUCCGACGACCGUCAUGGCACCCGAUGUGCUGGUGAAAUUGCAGCCGUGAGGAACGACAUCUGUGGAGUGGGUGUCGCCUAUGAGGCGAAGGUAGCUGGGAUACGAAUGCUGUCGAAGCCUAUAUCAGAUGCCGACGAGGCCAUAGCGCUGAAUUAUGCGUAUCAGGAGAACCAGAUUUAUUCUUGCAGCUGGGGACCGCCAGAUGAUGGUCAAGCCAUGGACGCUCCGGGGAUUCUCAUCAAACGGGCCAUGGUUAAAGGAGUUCAAGAGGGCCGAAAUGGAAAGGGCUCAAUAUUUGUUUUCGCCUCUGGAAACGGGGCAACGUACGAAGACAACUGCAAUUUCGAUGGUUACACAAACAGUAUCUACAGCAUUACGAUCGGAGCUCUUGAUAGAAUGGGCAAUCAUCCAUACUACUCGGAAGAGUGCUCAGCGAAUAUGGUUGUUACAUAUAGCAGUGGUAGCGGGGAUGCGAUUGUAUGCGAAAUUCCUGGGUUUAGCGCAAAAGAUGAGACUAACAUGUGACGACUGCCUUCUAGCACACCACCGAUGUAGGAUUGAACCAAUGCUUCAAUGGCCAUGGCGGAACCUCCGCGGCUGCCCCACUAGCUGCGGGAAUCUUUGCUUUAGUGCUAUCGGUACGGCCUGACCUUACUUGGCGUGACAUGCAGUAUCUUGCCCUCAACACGGCAGUCCCCAUCAACGAGGAGGAUCCUGACUGGAAGCGGACAGCAAUCGGCAAAAUGUUCAAUCACAAGUAUGGUUAUGGAAAAAUCGAUGCUUGGGCAAUUGUUCGUGCUGCCAAAGAUCAUGAACUUGUGAAACCCCAGGCAUGGUACAAUUCACCAGUUGUUGCUGUCGGGGCAGCCAUCCCAGAGGGCACUCACGGGCUCCAGACUCAUAUCGAGGUCACUGCGGAAGAGGCAAGAAAUGCGAACCUCGGUCGACUAGAGCAUGUAACUGUGACCAUGAAUGCUGUCCAUGGCCAGAGAGGCGAUAUGAGUGUAGACCUGAUCUCCCCGAAAGGCAUCGUUAGCCACAUUGCAACUACCAGAAAGCCGGAUACUAAUAAAAACGGAUACAACAAUUGGACAUUUAUGAGUGUUAAACACUGGUAUGGCUCCCCCGCUAUAUAUCUCUGCUCAAGCUAAGGCCAACCCGCACAUAGGGGGGAGGAAGCAGCAGGCACGUGGACAGUUAUUAUAAAAGAUACGGUUGUUAACGGGCAGACUGGAUCUCUUAUCGAUUGGAGCCUUAUACUCUGGGGUGAGGCUAUUGAUGCGGAUAAAGCCAAACCUUUACCACUCCCUGGUGGUGACGGGGAUAAUAAUCUGGGCACUGAUCCUAUCACAACCACUGCUCAGGCCUCAACAACCGAGUUACCAAGCAUGACCUCAACGGCAAAUCCUUCAAAGGUGACGGAAAAUCCUUCCGAUCACGCUGAUCGACCUGUCAACGAGAAACCGGACGAUACCGCCACCCCAACCUACCUAGAAACUGGUGAGUCAGCCCACGGGUUAUUCUUUGUUCUUGGUAAAUGAUGGCUGACUAUUUGAAAGGGACAACCACCGGAGCCAUAGUUACUUCCACAUCAACAGCUCCACCGGGGGAUCAGGGAGCAGAAGAAUCAGAUUUCCUUCCUUCCUUUUUCCCCAGCUUUGGCGUGUCAGCCAAGACCCGGGUUUGGAUCUACGGGGCAUUUGCGGUGAUAAUUCUAUUCGUUGGGGCUCUUGUUGCCUAUCUUUUCAUCCAAAAGAAGAGAGCCAAAAAACAGGGGAUGGAUUAUGAGUUUGAGGCCCUCAAUAACGAGGAUGACCUGGAUGACGGCGCAGCAGGCGCUGGCAGAAAGGCUUCUGUGGGCGGCAGACGAAAGGCCAGGGAUCUAUAUGAUGCAUUUGGGGCUUCAGAUGAUGACGAGGACACCCCCAGUGAGAAAGAGUACGAUGGCGAUGAAGGGUCUUAUGAUGACGACGAAGCCCUAGGAAUUGAUGAGGGUCCGAGAGUAGGAGACAGAGCUAAGCUCCUUAGUGGAGAUAACCAU